AUGGCACAGCAGAUGGGUCGAGUGCUCGUAAUCGCGGGGUCGGACAAUUCAGGCGGGGCCGGGCUCGAGGCCGACCAAAAGGUCAUCGCCGCCCACGGCUGCUACGCGCAGACGGCGACGACGGCGCUCACGGCGCAGGACACAAAGGGUGUGUACGACAUUCACCACGUGCCGGGCGCCUUCCUGCGCAGGCAGAUUGACCUCUGCUUCGGAGACGUGGGCGUCGACGUUGUCAAGACGGGCAUGCUCGCGUCGGCCGAGACGAUCCGCGUUGUGGCGACGGCGCUCGGCGAGCAUGCCGCCGCCGCCACCACGACCACGCCGCGAGCGCUUGUCGUCGAUCCCGUCAUGGUCGCUACGUCGGGCGCCGUGCUGCUGCCGCGCGAAGCGGUCCAUGAGCUGCUCGCCGGCCUGCUGCCGCAGACGACGGUGCUGACGCCCAACGUGCCCGAGGCGAGGAUGCUGCUGGAGGCGGCGGGGCGGGCGGCCGUCGAGGUGCGUGGCGUGGAGGACUUUGAGACGGUGGGAAGAGCGGUGCUCGAGCUUGGGCCGCAUUGGGUGCUCGUCAAGGGCGGGCAUGCUCCUCUGACGAAGGACUACAAGGUUGCCGAGACAGAGGAGGAGAAUAGCAUUGUUGUUGAUGUGCUCGUUGGACGUGGUGGUGUUGUAGAGAGGAUCGAGAGCGCCUAUCAGCGGUCAACGAAUACGCAUGGCACAGGGUGCUCUCUGGCUUCGGCCAUCGCGAGCAACCUCGCCAAGGGGCUCGAUGUGCCCGAGGCAGCCAAGAAGGCGUGCCGCUACAUUGAAGGCGCCAUCCGAACAGCGCCUGGGUUCGGCCAAGGUCAUGGGCCGUUGAACCACUUUCACUCCAACUACUCUCUGCCUUUUGCGCCGGGCCGCUUCAUCGACUAUCUCCUUGACCGUCCCGACGUUCGCGACGUGUGGAAGACGUUCGUCUACCACCCGUUCGUCAUGGGUCUCGGCAACGGCACGCUCCCGCUCGCGUCGUUCAAGGGCUACCUCGUGCAGGACUACCUCUACCUCGUGCAUUUUGCGCGGGCCAACGCGCUGGCGUCGUACAAGGCGACGUCGAUGGAGGACAUUGUGGCCGGCGCGACCAUUGUCAAUCACAUUGCGACGGAGAUGGCGCUGCACAUUGACUACUGCGCGGGGUUCGGCAUCAGCGUGCCGCAGAUCGAGGCGACCGAGGAGCACCAGGCGUGCACGGCGUACACGCGGUACGUGCUCGACGUCGGCAUGAGCGGCGACUGGAUCGGGUUGCAGGUGGCGCUGGCGCCGUGCCUGCUCGGGUACGGGGCCGUGGCGAAGCAGCUGCACGGCGACACGGCGAGUGUGCGCGGCGAGGGCAACGUGUACUGGAAGUGGAUUGAGAACUACGUCGCCGAGGACUACCAGCAGGCGCUGCGGACGGGAUCCGAGCUGCUCGAGAGGCAUGCUGCUCGGCAGAGUCCCGAGGGCAUCGAGAGGCUGGCCAAGAUUUUCAUCCACGGGACCAAGGUUCGUGUUGAUUCUGUGACGGGAGCUCUUCUCGUGCCAUACGACGAUGACGAUGAUGCUGACGAUUUGCAGAUGGAGAUUGGCUUCUGGGAGAUGUUCCCGUGCCAGUAG